AUGGACCAUUUGGAAGGAAAUAUCAGCGCCUAUGGUCUAUUCGUCAUCAGUAGAAAUGCGGCUCAGGUGGUGAAAGUGUUUGAAAAAAUCAAAUCCGGCGACCCUCAAAUGCGCCAGUACCUCCAACUGUCGCAAAUGCCCCACGAGUGUGCCAUAGCCUUUCGGCGGUUUCUAAGAAGUUGGAAAAUUCAGUUUUUACCUCUAAGAUGCAUCAACGUGUUGGGUGGAAAUAUCACAAACGUACCACCCCGAUUGGUGGCGCUCGACGUUCUCAACCUGCUGCCCGAAGAGUACAGUGGCACGCGGCUCUACUUUGCCAAACGCUACCUACGGCUCAUGCGAUGCUUUAUCCUGCGAGGUUGCCCUCGACCGAACGAAAUGCAUGCCGUCACUAUACCGAUUCUGGCCUACAUGUUCUCCUUUCCUCAACGGCACCACCACACUUUGGCGACGUCGUUGACGAUCUUCGAGCUGAUCAUACUCUCCGAGCUACUAAACGAUACGGUAGCGCUAGCGAAGGAGCUGCGAUCAAGUUGUAUUGCCUUUCGACGAUCAUCGAGCGAUGGCACGGGCUAA